AUGCACUUGAAGGAACUUUUAAUAAUACGUUCAGAACACUGCCCCCAGGAUCGUUACUCGGACUCGUAAACUUUGCGAACACAUCAUUUAUUUGACCUUCACUGGCUUCCUGUUAGUUAUCAUGUUGUUUUUAAACUUAUUUUGUCAGUUUCCAUAUCACUUAAUAACCUUCCACCUAGGCCUAGCUAUCUAGCGGACAGUUAUCGAAGGCCUUCCAGGAACUUGUGGUCCUCAUCUCAGCAGCUCUGA